AGGAAACUGAAAGAGACACGGAGAGAGACAGACACUCACUUGGUAACCAGGGUUCUCACUUUUCUUUCAUUGGAUGCUAUGGAGAACUGAGAGGAACCUUGAGGAAGAAGAGCUUUUAGAACCCAUCACCUAGAAAGGGGGUUGGAGAAGACCUCUACCAGCCUGCGGUAAAGCCAGGCUGCCACCUGAGGCUGAGACCAGGCAGGAGGAAGAGGAAGGCAGAGCAUAGAAGGUGUCAAAAAGAGGUGGCAGAUGGCAAAAAAUAUGUUUGAACUUGAAGACCCGAUGAUGGAUCCAUAUUAUAGAAUGUUUCCAGACCAAAUGUUACUGGCCGAGUCUCCAAUGCAAAGCAUAGAUGGACCGUACUUGGAAAUUGUAGAGCAACCUAAACAGAGGGGGUUCCGGUUUCGAUAUGUUUGUGAAGGGCCAUCACAUGGAGGCCUUCCUGGAGCUUCCAGUGAAAAGAACAAGAAAUCAUAUCCACAGAUUAAGAUUAAUAAUUAUAUAGGUCAUGCUAAAAUUAUUGUGCAGCUGGUCACCAGUGGCAAAGAUGUCCGUUUACACGCCCACAGUCUGGUAGGAAAACACUGCGAGGAUGGAAUCUGUUCUAUAAGUGUGGGCCCUAAAGAUAUGGUUGUAGGGUUUGCUAACUUGGGAAUUCUUCAUGUCACAAAGAAGAAAGUAAAUGAAAUUUUGGAGGCACGCAUGAUUGACGCAUUCAAAAAGGGAUACAAUGCAGGAUUGCUGGUCCACCCUGAGCUCAACUAUACAUGUGCAGGAGAGAGGCCUUUAAGCGACAGAGAGCGAGACCUGAUUCGCCAGGCAGCCUAUCAGCAGUCUAAGGAUAUAGACCUCAGUGUCGUACGGCUUAUGUUCACAGCCUUCCUACCAGAUAGCAAUGGCAGCUACACCAGACGCCUGGAACCGGUCAUAUCUGUUCCCAUAUUUGAUAGCAAAGCCCCAAAUGCAUCAAAUCUGAAAAUUGUCCGAAUGGAUAGGACAUCAGGCUGCGUGACUGGAGGGGAAGAGGUCUAUCUUCUGUGUGAUAAAGUUCAGAAAGAUGAUAUCCAAAUCCGUUUCUAUGAAGAGGACGAGAGUGGAGGACUGUGGGAGGGGUUUGGUGACUUCUCUCCUACUGAUGUCCACCGACAGUUUGCCAUCGUUUUCAAAACCCCAAAGUACAGAGAUGUGAAUAUCACAAAGUCGACAUCUGUGUUUGUCCAGCUUCGGAGGAAAUCAGAUUACGAAACAAGUGAACCCAAACCAUUUCUUUACUAUCCAGAAAUUAAAGAUAAGGAAGAAGUAAUGAGAAAGCGGCAGAAGCUCAUGCCUAAUUUCUCUGAUGGAUUUGGUGGUGGCAGUGGUGCGGGCUCUGGAGGAGGUGGUGGUUUAUAUGGAAGUGGGCCAGGAUGCUCAGGAAUAGGGGGAGGUUAUGGUUAUACUUCAUACAACUAUAAUAAUUAUGGAGGAAUGAAUUUUCAUGGUGGCACCAUGAACUCCAAUGCAGGGACAAAGCAUGCUAUGUGGCCUAACUGUGAAAUGGACCAGCAAGUGUUUGAAGCUACCCAGAACACACAGAUUUUAGGUGCCUGUGACUGUCCUAAACCUCAAGAAGGGGAAGAUGGCAGGCAUGACGCUCAUGGAAUAGAACAAGAGGCUUCCUGUAAAUUUGUCAAUUGCCAUUUCCUGGGUAAGGCACUGCAACUAGCAAAACAUCAUGCAGCUUCCCUUUUCAACUAUGCUGCAACAGGGGACGUAAGGAUAUUACUAAAUGUACAGCGCCAUCUAGCUGCAGCUCAAGAUGAGAACGGGGACAAUGUUCUCCAUUUAUCUAUUAUUCACCUCCAUCAUGUACUGACUAAGAUGUUCUUGGAUGUGACAUCUGGUGUUAUAUGUGAAGAUAUAAUCAAUGAAAGGAAUAACCUCUGUCAGACACCUUUACACCUAGCUGUUGUCACUCAUCAAACUGAUACAGUACAGGAUAUUCUGCAAGCAGGAGGUGACCCCUUACUAUUGGACCGUCAUGGGAAUUCCAUCCUGCACCUUGCCUGUAAAGAAGGAGAUGAUAAGACACUAGGCGUUCUUCUUAAACACAAGAAAAUAUGCAAGAUCAUUGACCUUCCAAACAGUGAUGGUCUGAGUGCAAUCCACGUUGCAGUGAUAGCAAAUAGCAUGCCCUGCCUCCGAGAAAUGAUAGAAGCAGGAGCUAAUGUUAAUAUUCAGGAGGGAAAAGCAGGAAGAAGCCCUCUGCAUCUAGCUGUGGAGUUAGACAACAUCUCCUUGGCAGGUUGUCUUCUUCUAGAGGGUGAUGCCGAUGUGAAUUGUACUACAUUCGAUGGAAAUACACCACUUCAUAUUGCAGUUGGCAGAGAUUCUACUAAGCUAACAGCACUUCUCAAAGCUGCAGGUGCCGAUCCUUCAGUUGAAAACUAUGAACCACUUUAUAGCCAAGAGUCAUCAGAGGAUGAAGAUCUUCUAGAUGAAGGCAUUAUACCAGGCACUAAACCCCUGGAUAUGGCAACUAGCAAUGAGGUAUUAGAGCUUUUAAAUGGGAAGCCGUAUGCAUCAGAUGUAGCUUCUGAAGACAUCAAGCCUCAAGGAGACUUGCAGGACCUCAGUGAAGAUACAAAGAAACAGCUUUACACCUUAUUGGAAAACAAGGACUCAAACAAGAACUGGUCUACUCUGGCACAGAAUAUGGGACUGGGAAUACUGAACAGUGCAUUUAGCAUGACUCCAUCACCUUCUAAAACAUUACUGGAUAACUUUGAGGUUUCAGGUGGAACAAUACAAGAACUUCUGGAUGCUUUGAGGCUGAUGGAUUACAGAGAAGCCAUAGGAAUUAUUGAGCAAUCUCUGCAGAGUCACACUAAGAUACCUAGAAAUGUGAACACAUAUUCAAAGAAUUCAUAUUUCACACAGGAAACAGACGAGAUGAAGCAGCAGGACAACGAAAGCAUGUGUGACAGUGGCGUGGAAACAUCUUUUCAGAAAAUGAGCAUUUCAGAUUCCAAUUCUCUAAAAGAAUCAGGGGACAUUGUCUUCUCGAAAAAUAGAGUCAAAGAACCAGACUGCACUGUCAUCUGCAACAACUGAUGGCUAAUAAAGGACUGAUACAAAGGCAUGCACAAUAAUUUAAAGUCUGGGCAAAGCAGUAGUUACACUGGAAAUACAGGAGUUUUGCGAAUCAAAGCCUUCUUAAGCUUGUGGAUGUGAAUUUAGCAUUGACAAGCUUCAAAGUCACCUGGUCUAGGACAAAAAAACUUUCCUUAUGGAGCUAGGUUGUUGCACUUGCACUGAGUUAUGUAUUGAUUGAAAAACAAGUAUAUUUGACCUGGUUUCGCUGGUAUUUCAUGCUAGGUAUUUGUAGUUUUUAAAGGAAUCCUUUAAAAUGCAAAGUUAAAAAAUAUAUGAACAUUUUGGUGGCAUACUUACCAUUCUGGCAAUUAUGAAUCAUGCAGUGUUUUAUGUCUGUGUUUUAAUACAGUAAAUAUUAUAUAUUUUUCAGA